UCUUGUACUUGUAGCUCAAUGGAUUGCGAUUUUUUUGUUGAACGUUAUUUUAUAGUCGAGGUGGAUUCGAGACUGAUUUCUGAAAAAGAAAAAGUAGAACUCCAACAUCUUUAUUUACCAUGCUCUACCGGUCAAAUUUUCACUCACAUGCAUAUCGAUAUCCUAGGUUUAAUUUUACCCCACGAGGCAACCGCAACAUAGUAUAUAUGAAUACCCCAGCACCACCACCAGGCAACUACAUAUAAUAGUGAUCAAGAAUGAAGCGCCACCGUGGGCAAACUUUCAGGAAUUACGGGGAGAAACUUCAAUUGAAUGAGACGGGCAGUUUGUUUGACGAUGAAGAGGACGACGGUGUGGUAGAAGAAGAACAACAGGAAAGUCCUCGCUCUGCGAACAGUCGGUCAACUGCCAGCACUUCCAGACACCGCAGUCGCUCCCGCGAGUAUGACACGCAAUCUGAUGCUGCCUAUAAAAGUCUUGACCACAAUGUUAUGGGUUUCAAUGUGACGCACUCAUGCUUAUCAUUAUCUUCGUAGUUGUUCUAUGAAGAUUAUUCAUGCUUAUCAUUAUCUUCAACUUCAUAUGCUCUUCAAAUGAAGUUGAAGACCUAGUACGGCGCCUAGGUUAAGGCUCCCGCGUAUGAUGUUCGGAUAUUCUUAGUCGUCCCUAUUCACAAGAAGACCACCUAAGGCUUCUAUUCUUCCCAAGAAGAGAAGGCCGCGUAGUAGAAAGGCAUACGAGAUGGAAGGUCAUAGGUCUAUAGAAGUCUUAUAAGGAGGCAGAUAAUAUACGACAUAGAUGAAGAUCUCUUUCCCUUCCCUUCCUUCGGAUUGCGCCCUCAGACUUGGUUUACUACUUCUACUAGCCCUAGUAGUACUACCUGAUCAUGAUCAUUAUACAUAGGUCAAGAACUUGAUGAAGAUGAAACUUCUUCUAACAAUGGAAAGGACGUGGGGAGGGUCGUUAAGGCUACAACCGCUCAAGCAUGUUGUCCGUCCUUAUAACAUCAUAGUCCUCCAGCUUCUCUUCAAGGUCAAAAAUAUCAGAUAGACCAAGGACUACCUUGGAGCACUUUUUCAACGUACAUAGAGUUGAAAAAGUAGGGGCCAAGGAUGUAGUACCUCUCAAGGAAGAUGCUAUUAACGCGGUAGCUCUAAUAGCAACAGGAGCUCGAAAGGACGAGCUCGGUCCUCUUCUCCCUCUUCUAGUCGCGGCCUACAAAAAUUCAGACAGGCGGUACGACCCCGGCCACUACUAGAACCAACAGGCGAUGUAGAUUCGCCUCCGCAAGUUCAACAUCUUCUUCAUGUUGAUCUUCCUCGUGAUCAUCUUCAAGAUGAAUUCACUAAGAAGUCUAAAGCCUCCACUUCUAAUAAUUAUAGUAGAGAACAAGAAGAUAAAGAUACUUUUAAUAAAAAUGCAGUUUCUUCUACGUCUCCUUCUUCCUCUGCAAAACAAGAAAAUCACGGUUACCAGCAGGUGGAGAGCGAUCAUCUAGAAGAAGCAGCUACAGGAGGAGCUUCCAAUCAUAUGGACGAGCACCAGGAUGAUUUUUAUGGGAGGACAUAGAAAUGGUAAUUUGUCUUCUCGUCCAGCAAAGUAGAGAACGCCACGGGUGGGCGCUUCUCGUCCCUCGUUCUAGGCUCGUCGAUGUUAUACUCGUCGCAAUUCAUCUCCUCGUCCCCCUCCACAUGAAUGGUCCGGUAUUUGGUAACGUGAAUUUGAUCACAAGGCUUCUCUUCCUGUUUUCCCUUAUGAUCAAAAUCAGGUUACCAAAUACCGGAACCAUUCACCACAGCGCGUUGCUUUUAUCUGAGAUGAGUCAUCUGUCUCCACGACUGCUUCCUUUUUUUCGUUUUCGUCUUGUAUAGCCUCUAUGUAUUUCGUUUCCAAGCAAAAACGACUCCUCUUCUAACAUGAGCAUCAUGGUGUUGAUGACGACCACGACGAGGACGGAGAAGGCGAGGCGAUUGAUGAGGGAUUCCACGCGCACCCUCCUGAAGAGGAAGAGGUCGAGAUAGAGGCCAGCCCCCGCCCCGCAGCAAAAAAAAUGAAAAUGGUACUACAACAUCUAUAGGUAUAGGUAAAGGUAUAGUUGGUUCGCUUCUACUAAAAAUGUCGAUAGUUUUAGUUAUAGUACCCUUCGUUUCUAACUCUAUAAUACUCAUCGUCAUCACGAUCUACUUUUCUAGUACUGCUAGUAGUAGUACCGGUUUAAAACAACUCCCCUAAAACGAAGAUGAGCACUUCUGUAAUUUGAUUAUGUCACAACAACUAUCUUAAAUAUCUUCUAAGAACAAGCGGUGCUCGCGGAGUAGGAACUAACUCAUCUUUAGCUUUAACGCUGUCGUUACAAGUCAAUCAUGAUUAUUUUAGGUUUUUUCCACGACCUUUACCUCCACUCUUCUUAUAUAUAAUCAUCAGUGCUUUCAUCUUCAACAGCUUGCCCCUUCAGCGGCGGAGUUGGAGCGAGAGCGGCUUUGUGGAGCAAACGAACUCGGAACGGGUCGCCAAAGCCGUCACGGAGCUAGGAAGCAUACCCCCAGUGCCGCACAACUACUAGCCCAACAAGCCAUCAUGGCGGGAUUGAAGGUAUCAUGAUGGAUUUAAGUACUUCAUAUUUUUUACUCAGAACAAGUGUGAAGAUUAGGACUAGUUGUACCUUUCUUACUUCAUCUGAUCCGUUGAUCUGAGCUCUCCCAUUUUCCUCAACGUUGUGUCUCUCUUGUGGCUCUUGCUCUUCCAACCUUGUAUUGUUGGCCCUACUUGUGGUGUUAGUAGUUGUAGCUUUAGGUUGCCUAGAAGAGUAGAUCGCGUAGUUACCUCAAGUUGAGCAUGUUGUUACUCAGACCAAGAAGUGUGAUUAGUCUACUAGUUGUACCCUUACGAGCCGUAUUGAAUGUAAGCACUCCAUUUACAUAGCUCAUGAAGGUGUGGAAACCUUAUUUAGAAGUGGAGUCUGACGAGGCGGUUUCAGUAACAAGUCACCAUGAUCAUGAAGGAGUUGGAGCUAUAGGACUCUUAGUAGAAAUGAAGUGCUGGCUUGAUGACUUUGAGUUCUUUGAAGAUGAGUUGAUAUUUUUUGGAAUAUUUAUAUCGUAGGAUGAAGGAUACUUUUCUCUUUUGUAUCCUCCUCUGGUCUUUCUUUUUUCUAGUUAGGUCGGCUCCACCACAACAAAUAUUUAUAUCAUAGUUGUAGGUACAACACCGAACUAAAAGUAAAAGUAAUAUGCUACGUGCUUACUUCUUCCGGAUGCGGAUUCAUAUUUUUAUUUACAGAGGUCAUCUAAUAGUCUUCUUCUCGAUCUUCUAGGAAUAUUAAGCCAGAUAUCUUAUAAUAUUGUUCUUUCUAGGUCUUCUUCUUGUUCUAUGUCAUCUAAUAGUCUUAAACAAGAGCCAUUCUUAAAAAUCCUUUUUACUAGAGCUUCGGCGGUGAAUCGCUGGAAGGAGCGCAGGAGGGUGGUCGUGGAGGUGAGGACAUUGGGGCACCUACCAGUGAUCAUCUUCUAUUUUUUAAGGCUAUAGCUAGUUCAUCUUUCAGGAAUGCAUUUUCCGAUGGGAAGUAUGGCGCUCGAGUAUUCUCGUGCUAUACUCUUCAAGGAUGCAGCGGAGAGAUGAAUUGCGCCCGGCGAGAGCGCUAAUUUUUCAUCGGACGAUCAGAUUUACGAAACCGAACACGCUUUUGCUAACGCUUCUCCUGGGCAAGAAGAAACUAGUAACAUUUUUGAAAAAGCAGGUACAACUAGUAGUGGAGGCGCGCCGGGCGGCUCAAGCACGGAGGAAAAUAUGGUCGUAAACCAGCGACACAAGUCUAAAUCGUCCAUCAAGUUAAAUAAAGAGGACAUGGCGAGUGAUAAUGAAGAUGAGAGCGAUGACGAGGUGGUGCCCAAGAAUAUCCAUGGGUCAAAAAUGCGUUCAAAAAAAAAGGAACGAUUAUUAUGGUCAGCCUCUAUGUAUCCGUUGCCAACAUGUUUCUCGGCAUCUUGGUCCUGGUCGUGCCGUCUUGCCCUGUAAUAUUCACAUGAGAUACAAGGCAAAAGGGGUCGAGAUGAAGGGACCGAGAUGCAUUCUAGCACACGCUAAGACUUCUACCCGACGACGACGACGAGGAUGAAGAGCCAGGAGGACUAGGGCAGCAGGUAGUACAACUACAUUAACAUAUGUAGCAGAUGUAGCAUCUAAAAAGACCACAUCUUCUACAUCUAAAAAGACCAAAAAGAAUAUUAAGGAUGGAGGACCAUCAAAAAGAAUGAAAGACGAACACCACAGAAUCAACUUGCCACGUCUUGAUUUAUGAUCUUAUUUCACUUGAUUUUCCGUAUGAUCAUAGGAUGACGGAGCGUUUCCAACGAUUCCUGCUGGCGUAACUCUUGACGAAGGCGUGAAUUUGCAGGAAGACGUGGAUGCAAAAGCUCUUCGAAAAAAAGAAAGUCGAAUGCAGACUGCGUGUGAAAAUCUGCUGUUAAGAUGUAGAUGCUCAACAUUUAGCUGAAGCAGGAAAAUUAUACUAAAACCACAACUCUAACAUCAUUAAAUAUGAUAAUUUUUUUCUCUCAGCUGCAAGCAUCUCGUCGAUCCAUGACCCCUUUGUUUUCCUUUUCCUUGAUUGACAUUAUACGGUCCAUCGUCUUCUCUCUUGACAGCGUCAACAUAGAUAGAUGAAUACUUAUAGAUACUACAGGGGAUCGGGGAUGAAACAGCCAACAUGAACAUAGUUGGAUAGAUGAAUAAGAAUACUUAUAGUAGAGUAGUUUAUAGAACGGAUGUAGGAUGGACUUGGAUGGAUCGGAUGGACCCCCCUGAUCCUACUUGAAAUGGUGGAAAGUCCAUCCGUUCCAUCCGAUCCAUCCCAUCCAUCCCAUCCCGGAUUUGGCACCCCUAUAAACUGCGCUACUAUAGAUUGAUACUACAGGGGAACGGGAUGAAUAUAAAACAGAAACAAGGCUACAAGCGAAGAAAUGGAAGAAAUGAAAGAGCACUGAGAUGGACGAUUCAAGCAAACUCUAAUGCCGGCAAGGGAGCAAUGGGAAACAGAUAAUAUUCUCGCCGGGCAGCAGACUAGUAUUAAGAACCAAACGAACAUCCAGAUCCAUGUCCCUCUCCUAGAUACUAUAUUAAUAUAGGUUUAUUUUCACUGAAACUACGUUCAUCUUAUGAUGUUCAAACGAGAAAUAGAAGCCUCGUCCAAGAAGGAUGUCUAUGAUUCUCAUCAACGAACAGGGAAAAAGAUGAUGUGCUCGUCCCCUCCCUCCACAACUGGUAGCCCCUAUACCUCAAGAAAAUAAAGGCAAAUCGAAUGAUGUGCUCCCCUCCCUCCACAACUGGUAGCCCCUAUACCUCAAGAAUAGGCAAAGCAAUCAAUAAGUCAAGGGAGACGUGUUAUCACAUCACUAGCUUUAAUGAUAGUACUAGUGCACCAAGAGCUGCUGGAAAUGGUGCUCACGGGAGUCGUGUUAGAGGCGCAGCAGGAGCAAGAGGGACUACGUCUUCACGGCUUGGCGGUGCUGGAGGCGCUUUCGGAGGUGCAGGUGGAGGGCUUGACGACAGCGGCUUUUUUCCUAAUGUUGAGGCUUCACUACUGUUACUUCACGAGUCGAGUGUUGCUGAUCCAUGAUAAUCCUCCCUAAGUGAAAAUGGAAAUCAGAGUUUCAGAUGAAGAUGAAGCAAGCUUUAAAAGGGUAAGUACCCUACAAGUACUACUAAGCAGCUUCCUGCAAGAUGAUGUAAAUCAGUAUCCCGGAAGAAGAAUUAAUCACAGUUGGCCUCAAAAGUAGAGAACAUUAAUAGCUACACAAGAGCAAGAGGCACCAUGACAUGACAUGACAUUUCGUCUUGCCGGUACUAGUAUAGGAGGACUCACUACUUGAGACUGGCGCUAUGACGAUGUUGAUGACAGCUGGAAGAUUUGGGUGAGGAGCAGCUCUAAUGCUCAGGAAGAUGAUCCGAAUGGAGGAAGUGGUGCUCCACGCACUGGAGGCGGCGGUGGACGUGGAAGAGAUCCAAACGCCGGUCCACGGCUCGUGAGGGCGAUGAAUAUGCUUAAGGCAUCCCCUAAUCCAGCUCUAUUAUAGCUAUCCCUCAAUCAUAUGCACCCCAAUGCGAGUGUUUGGUAGGGCAUAUCGUUGAGGGAUCAAGAUCAUUUCCACAGGGAUGAGUUGGGGAGAGCUCUAAUAUGCGCGAUAGCACGUUUCUUGUCGGUAUCAAGCGACCGGCUCUCAGACGUCUAGCCCGCCGUGGGGGAGUGCGCCGGGUCUCAUACGACACCUACCCUAUUUUCAGGUAUCCUUCAUACUACUAAACAACUACAAACACUAAAUUCCCUGGUCGUAUUUUCAGGUGCUUCUGCUUGUAUGUACAACUACAACUGGUGGUGCUUUUUUAAUCUUGAUUUUUAUGGAAUCCUGUAAUUGAUAGUCCAGCAUUCUUCGUAGUUGCAGUCCAGUAGUUCGUGUAGUACUUUUACUAGAACCUCUAGUACAAUGAAGAACAGAUGGUUUGUUCUCGUAAAGGUACAAGAUGUCCGCUUAUUUUCUGCAGAUACCGUAAAAUCAAGGACACGAUGAUGCUUGUAGUAAGUUACUUGCCAAGUCUUCUCGUACUUGCUGUAAAAAUGGAGCAUAGGUAAGCAAAACUACAACACACCCACAUAAAAACAAGCGAAAUUAUGACGCUACACUCUUUCAGGGAAACGUUUAACGACUUACUGUCGGAGAUAGUUUUUGACGUAAACGUCAUGUUGGACCACACCGGCAGACAAACAGUAACGGCACGCGAUGUGAUCAACGUUAUCGCACGACGUGGCGUGAAAAUUUUAGGAGGCGAACAUUAGCUGCGCGGCCGCUAGAGAGAGCUGGGACGUAAAAGUGAAACAAAAUUAAAAAUUUUCAAUUCGUACUACGCUCAUAGUUGCCGUUUUUAUCUAGCGUUUUCUGUAGUUUCUUUUCUUAUUCUGAAAAGCACCAUGACAUCAAACAUUUACGUAAAAUCCAAUUUAUCAGUGGGCAACUUUUACAACAGAGUAAAAACUCUAACGAAAAGCUAUUACCAAAAAACACAUAUAAUAUAGAAGCAGUAAAGCAGUGCUUACUCAAAAUAAAACUGGGUUCACUUCUUUUUCAAUUGUUUCUUUGUUGGUGAAAUAGAGGAGCUUUACUCAGUUCUAAUAGAUAGGGGCAGCUAUAAUUUAUCGCGUAGCGAUAUAAAAACAAUUGGCUGUGGCACUGAGCAAUAUCAUCAAGAAUCGAUGUGAAAGAACACGACUUAGGAUUUCUGAGUGUUGAACUAUGUUUCUGGUAUAAUCACAGAUUUUUGACGGAGUGAGUAUGCUAUAGCUUCUUAGCUUUUUCAUUACUCAAACUCACCCUCGACAACUGACAAAAUACGUUUUUCACUUCUUCAGCAAAAGUCAUCCCUUAUUCUUAUUUCACAUGCACAUCCACAUGCACAAAAAGGGGAUAGGGAAUUAGUACAUUCAUCAAGAAGCCUAGAAGUUUCUUGUUUGAACAAUUUAUCUUUUUACAAAAUGAAGAAGUCACCACUGUGACAGCACACAUUAUCCACUAUAAUGGUACUCAUAUCAUCCAUCUUAACAUGCUGUCUACGAGGCCUUACGCAGGUUCCUCUUUACAGAAUGCUUGCAUGGGUGGCAGUCCUCCUGUAUAAGCAACAAG